GCGCUGGGGGAGGGGGCCCGGUCCGGGAGUGCGGGAGGCAGUGGUAAAGGGAGGUGGCGGCAGCAGCUAGCGGACUGGAGUCUCAACGGAGCCGAAGCGGACACUUCUGUGGAGCGAGGCAGUAGGAGUACCGAGCACCAGAGGCGGCACCGGGAUCCCCGGCUGAGGGGAGGGGGGCGCCGGACCGGGAGGAGGGGAGGGGGCGAUGCUGGAAGCCAUGGCGGAGCCCAGUCCCGAAGAUCCACCUCCGACACUUAAACCAGAGACUCAGCCACCAGAGAAACGUCGGAGAACAAUUGAGGAUUUCAACAAAUUCUGCAGUUUUGUUUUGGCCUAUGCUGGUUACAUUCCCCCCAGCAAAGAGGAAAGUGAUUGGCCAGCCUCUGGCUCCAGCUCUCCAUUGCGCGGUGAGAGUGCUGCAGACAGUGAUGGCUGGGACUCGGCCCCCUCUGAUCUUCGAACCAUUCAGACCUUUGUUAAGAAAGCAAAGUCAUCUAAGAGAAGGGCGGCUCAAGCAGGUCCUACUCAGCCUGGACCCCCAAGGUCCACCUUCUCACGUCUGCAGGCUCCUGACAGUGCCACCCUGCUUGAGAAAAUGAAGCUCAAGGACUCUCUCUUUGAUUUGGAUGGGCCCAAAGUGGCAUCUCCACUGUCCCCCACAUCCCUGACACAUACCUCCCGGUCCCCUGCUGCUCUCACCCCAGUGCCCCUUUCCCAGGGAGAUCUCUCGCAGCCUCGAAAGAAGGACAGAAAGAACCGAAAAUUGGGGCCAGGAGGUGGGGCUGGCUUUGGAGUGCUUCGGCGGCCUAGGCCAAGUCCUGGGGAUGGGGAAAAGAGGUCUCGAAUUAAGAAGAGCAAGAAGCGGAAGUUGAAAAAGGCUGAGCGGGGGGAUAGACUCCCACCUCCUGGCCCUCCCAGGGCACCCCCCAGUGAUACAGACUCUGAAGAAGAGGAGGAGGAAGAGGAGGAGGAGGAGGAGGAAGAGGAAGAGAUGUCAGCAGUGGUAGGGGGUGAAACCCCAGCCCCUGUACUCCCAACACCCCCUGAGGCUCCUAGGCCUCCUGCCUCAGUGCACCCUGAAGGAGCCCCUCCCACUGACAGUGAAGGCAAGGAGGUGGGCAGCACUGAAACAAGCCAAGAUGGAGAUGCCAGCUCCAGUGAAGGCGAAAUGCGGGUCAUGGAUGAGGACAUCAUGGUAGAAUCAGGUGAUGACUCAUGGGAUCUGAUCACGUGUUACUGCAGAAAGCCCUUUGCAGGGCGGCCCAUGAUUGAGUGCAGCCUGUGUGGGACAUGGAUUCACCUCUCCUGUGCUAAGAUUAAGAAGACAAAUGUCCCUGACUUCUUUUAUUGUCAGAAAUGCAAGGAACUGCGGCCAGAGGCCCGGCGAUUAGCGGGGCUUCCCAAAUCUGGAGAGCCCUGACAUUUCUAGGCUGGAACUUGAAAAUGACAACAUAACUUGGGAACUGAGCCUCAGAGUCCUCAGUCUGUUCCCCUGGAGCUUGGAUACUGUCCUUAUUUCAGGGCAGGAAUCCCCAAAGGAGACUUGUUUGGAAUGGAAAUGAGUGGCUUCCGAUCCUACCCUAUCCUUCCUCCCCAUUCUAUGGACUUGAAAUUGGACAUAUUGUAGUUGGGGGGAAGGAAGCUAUCCGGGCCUAUAGACACAAAAUGUCUCUCCCUUGGACCUCUCACCCCUCACUUUUUGGGUCAGGGUUCAAAUUGGGAUGAAAUGGGACAGUUGUCUAUAAAACUAGUGUAAAUAUAGCACUCCCCUCCAUCAUCUUUUCUUUUACUUCACUCCCCAUUUAUUUUCUUCCACACCGGUUAUAUUUUUAAUUUUGGACUUCCCCCUUUGAGCAUGGCAGCUCAAAGGGUGGAGUACCAGAGCCUGGCUGAGUGAGGAAGGAAAGCAGAAAGGUGAUGUUUCUCACCUCUUUUGUUUUUAAUAAUAUUGGCCAGCUGUUUGUACAGACAGCCUGCGUGUUGUAAAUAAAGCAGAGUGGGCUCUUGUGUUUAUA